AUGACUAAAAAUAAUGAAGAAGAUUUUUUAAAUUCUUCAAAUUCAUCUAAUCGUCAAUUGGAUUCAAACUCACCAGGAUUUCAUAAACUUAGACCUUCUGAUACUCAAGGUUAUAUCAAAACUAAUAUUCAUGAUGACUCCACAAGACCAGAUUAUAUGAUAUCACCAUUAGAAAAUGAUUUACGAGAUAGCAAGUUAAAUGAGGCCUUUGAUUUAUACGAUGACACAAUUCCUUUAAUCUAUUUGGAUCAUGCUACACCAAAUGUCGUCACAAAAGUUGCUAGUCAUUUAAUAGUUGGUGUACUUUUAAGUCCUUUGGAAAUAGUUAGAACCAGGUAA